GUGUCCAGAACAGCAUCCCAACUAAUCCCAGGGGUGCAUGGGCCCUCGGCAAGGAUUUUUUUGCAAGUGCACAUUCGGUAAUUCAAGAGAAAAAUCCCCCAAUCCGAUGACCCCUAGAGAUUGUUUACUUCGAGUAGCCUUGUAGCCUUAUUCCCCCAUAAUCUUUCAAAUACUGCAACAAAUUGAUUUAUUUAUCCAUGCUCUGUAUAUCAUCAUUCCAGUUCUGAGGUAUCUGAACCUCUACCCAAAUUGGUUGGGUCACCUCCAUUGAAAGAAUCUUAGGUUCUAUCCAGAAUGUCCAUUACAUUAACCUGGCCUACUUGACCCAAGAAAUUUUAGAAUUACCAUGUCUUUGUUGCUGUUCGGUACUUGUUCCCAAUUCAUAUAUUUGGUAAAGUGGUUUUGCAGAGUACAUAAAGCUCGUUUUUCAUAGCUUUGCAGAAGAAAGCCAUGUUGGAAACCAAGGCAAAUCCAAAUAUCAGCAAGUCAACAGGCCUGCCUCGGAAGCGUUUCUACAGAGCACGAGCACACAGCAACCCAUUAAGUGAUUCUCACUUCCCAGUGCCUAUCUCCCCUAGUCAUGUCGACUACUCCCUUCAUUACCCUCAUUUUUUCCCCUCUUCUGAUCAGAGUGAUAGCUCCAAAAAGAUCCAGUUUGCAGAUAUUGGUUGUGGUUUUGGAGGACUGCUCAUCAGUCUUUCAACCCUUUUCCCUGAGACCCUAAUGAUUGGCAUGGAACUUAGGGAUAAGGUUACUGAGUAUGUCAAGGAGCGGAUUUUAGCACUGAGGGUGGCAAAUCCAGGCCAAAACCAAAACAUCUCAGUGACGCGGACAAAUUCCAUGAAAUACAUUCCGAAUUACUUUGAGAAAGGACAGCUCUCGAAGAUGUUCUUCUUGUUUCCGGAUCCUCACUUCAAAGAGAAGAAUCAUCGACGUCGGGUGAUCAGUACACAUUUAUUAGACGAGUAUGCUUAUGCUCUUGGGGUUGGUGGGAUCAUAUAUACAAUUACAGAUGUAGAAGAACUGGGAGAGUGGAUGAAGGCUUGUUUAGAAAGCCAUCCCAUGUUUGAAGCCCUCACAGAGAAAGAGCUUGAAGCAGAUCCAGUUGUAGAGCUCUUGAGUUCUGCCACUGAGGAAGGACAGAAGGUUGCUAGGAAUGGCGGACAGACUUUCAGAGCAGUUUACAGACGCGUUACCCCACCAUUAUAAUACAAAGAAAAACUUUUAAGGCUGCUCAAAUGCAGUUGAUUAAUCGGAUCAUUAAGUUGGCAUGGUAGCAUAUGUAUUGUUGUUCAGCAAGUCUUCAGGCGGAUCGUCUGGUUUUUGAAACUUGUAUUUUGCUCUGUUCUUGUGAUAUUGAGACUACUAUAAACAUUUUGGGGAAGUUGAUAGUUUUUCCAGUUGACCUCUAA